AUGGCCAAGCGGCUGCUGGUGGCCUACGGGCUGUGGGCGCUGGGGGGGCCGCUGGGGCUGCACCACAUCUACCUGGGCCGGGACAGCCACGCGCUGCUCUGGAUGCUGACACUGGGCGGCUUCGGUGCCGGGUGGCUCUGGGACUUCUGGCACCUCCCUGGCUGGGUGGCCGCUGCCAACGGGGCUGGGGCGCGCAGGGACCACAGUGGGCCUGUGCCAGCCCUCAGCCCCCUGCGCCUGGCGGGGCAGGUGGCUGUGGGGAUGUAUUUUGGACUGUUGGCAGCUCUGGGGCUGCCCUGGGUGCCAGCACUGCUGGCACAGCCCCUGGCCGUGGGGCUGGGGGUGCUGCUGGUAUCCUCGGUGGGGGACCAGACAGCAGAGGCACCUGGCAUCCUAUCUGCAGCCUUCCUCACCUCCCUCGUCUUCCAGGGCCGGGUGCUGGCGGUGCUGCCCACCAGCCUGACCGCCAGCAUCAUCGCCCAGCGCCACCGGCGCUACAAGCCCCAGAGGAUGCCUCGGGCCCGGCUGGCUGCCCGGCUCUACCACCUGGGGCUGGCAUGUCUGGCCUUCACCGCCCCGCUCGCCUGCCGCGGGCUCUGCGGCGCCGCCGGGGUGCUGAGCACCCUCCUGGCUCUGCCCCGUGCUGCCGCCGAGCUGCUGCUCCUGCCCCUGCAUGCUGGCUGGCUCCUGGCAGAGGUCCUGGGCUUGGCCAGGGGGUCACUGGUGCGGGACCACAGCGCUGGCUUCCAUCCAAGCAGCUGGAGCGAGCGGCAGCAGCGGGCGUACAAGGUGCUGGGCCUCCCAGCUGGCUCCUCUACAGAGGACGUGCACCGCAGCUACCGGGAGCUGGUGAAGCUUUGGCACCCGGACCACAACCGUCACCGGGCCGAGGAGGCUGAGAAGCGCUUCAUCGAGCUGCAGGAGGCCUAUGAGGAGCUGCUGGGGCCCAGGAGAGCGCCGGCGGGGUGA